GGAGUCGGAACGAGGUUUCUGAAUCUCCAUCCGCAGGGGGAUCUAAUGUGACCUGGAGUAAGAGGGACCUUGAUGGGCAACGGGUGUACAGCAGCAAGCGGAAGAAAAGGGAUUCAUCUGCUGUUGGCACACGUCCAUGCGCUAUUCAGACAACUUCAGCACGUCCAAGCUCCCUAGAUCCGGAUUUUAAUUUGCAGAGGCUGAAGGACCUUCUUCAGGACUCGGAGGCGUCGAGGAGGAAGAUGUGGGUCACCAGCCACCAUCCAGUUGGAGCAUGAGACAGAGGGAGGUCGAACAGUGUUGGCAACAGGCGAGGCCACAUAACGUGGACAACUUGUUGUCAGCCCAAACCCUGUACCAGGUGAAAUGUAACCACUGUCAAACGAGGGACGCUGUCAUCCGUUGUGGGGAAUGUAUGCCCUUAGAGUGGUUUUGUGCAGAGUGUGAUCAAUUGGCACAUAAACGCCACACUCUGCACAGUAGGCAAACCACCAUGGCUGGGUUUUUACAGUACAUUCCUCCAACGGAGUCUGUGAAACUCGUUGAUGGCAGGUAUAUUGUCAGUGAACAAGGUGAGCAUCUCUUUUUUAAUCGAAUGGCUCUUAUCUUUCCUUCCCAGACAAUAUUAUUACCUCUUGAAAUAUUUUUUUCAAAGUACUUGCGACCCAAACAUUCCUACAUUUCUUCCUGAUUGUCCUUCCAGACUGUUUCCUGCCAACUGCUUUUCCCAAGAGCAUCUGCUCUUGUGAAACAAAUGAUGUUGCCAUCUCCGUUGGUAGAUCAGUGACACUGGUUUGCAUAAAUGGCCGGUAUGAUUUAAGUCUUCCAGUGCUAACAUGCCGACAUUGCAGCAAGCAGUGGGGUCCAGAGGUCUCUGACUUUGUUAGGAGUGGGUACUGGCCCGCUACUAUGCAAGCACAGACCCUGUUCCACCAGGAUCUGUUCAGUUCAUUUGAGGCAAUGAAGACUGCAGCUCCAGGAAUGUCUAGGCAGGCCUUCACUGCAAUGUUGGACCAUAGAACCAAGCAGUUUGGACGAACCGGAAACGUGAAUGCAGACGCUUUUCAGAGGAGCUUCCUGCAGUACGUGUACUGCAAGUCAGAAGAAAGCAAACUUCUGGGGAAGGAUCCUUUCAUCUGUCCAGCCUGUAGCCCUGAAAUGGUUGCUGUUUCAGUUGAUGGCAACAGGAAACUCUACAGGUUCCAAAAAACAAACCAGAGGGAAGAGCCUGGGUUCUUCGAUGGCGUUUUUUUAGCCAAAGACUCUGACGUGUCUACUUUUGUUGAGGAGGUCCGGGGGGCUGUCAAGAGUACUUCAGGAAAAGCAAUGUGCGGAGAAACCCACAGGUCAGCAGCAAGAGAGACAUCUAGACAGAGCAGCAAGUUAGAUGAAGAAGGCGUAGAAGUAGCGGUGUGUCGGCAUGGAUUCCUCCUCAAAGGUCUGAAUAUGUAUCGAGGAGAAAUCUUUGCAUAUCCAAUGUUUCUCCAAAAAGAUCUCCAGAGCGCAAAGUUUUUGGCAAUGGACGUGACCUGCCGAUACGUGCCUUACAUGAAUAAGGUGUCAGAGGCACUGACUCAUCUCAAACCUCUUCAGGAAAUGAGGCAUUGCCUGUCUGUGAUGCACGCCAAAGCCCACAAUACCAAAUGCGAGAUUCUUUGGAGUGCAAGAAACCAGGAGGGUGUCGGCACCACUCUUGGUGAAGAAGUUGAGCAGAUCAACAGCUAUCUCUCAAGAUGUGCCCUGACCACCAAGUAUAUGGCCAAGUCAGUAAGAAUUGACAUGCUUGCUGUACAUGCCAUGGGGUGGAAUCAGCGCAAAGAGGAUGGCCUUCACAUUGCCCUGUCUUCCAGAUUUAAAAAGACAGUGGAAAAGACCUCUGAAGUUUCUGAGAACCUGAAGAAGCUGCAGGACCAGAUGCAUUGCUGUGAUGGCAUGCUAAAACAGUGGGUUGCUGAUGUCAAGCAGUGGGCCAGUAGCGGAAGUGCAGCAGCUAGUGUUGAUGCUGUUCGGGGUCUGCAGAUCUCGAUCGAAUCGCUCUUCGUGAGCAUACGGCACAAGAAGCAUUUCCUCUACAUCCAUAAUGAUCGCAACAAAAGGCGUCAGAAAGUAACCCAAAAGAUAGCCAAGGAGAAGAAACGGUUGUUAGAGGAGAUUGUUCGGUACAACCAAAAGCCUGAUGUGGACCUGGUGGAUACCAGCUCUGUUGUGCAGAACCUCUCCAGCAAGGCUGAUGAGCGCAUGAUCUGGCCAUGGCAGGAGCAGAACAAAGACGGUGUUGACAUCCUGACCAAGAAGAAGCUAUUUGACCUGCAUAUGCUUGCUUCAAGACUGGCAGAGGAAAAGGAGAUCCUGGUGAAGGAGAUGAUGCAACACUGUCAGUACCUCAAGGAGGCAUGCACCAAAGUCCAGUCCCUGAUGGCCACCAUUUCAGGGAGCAUACAGACAGGAAGCUAUCCGAAUGGCUUCACAGAAAAGGGGUCCAAAGGCCUCAUCUGUGUUCUUCAGAGAAGGUUGAAAGACCUAAAGCUUAAACAGAGGACUGUUGCAGGCGCCUACAGAGGCAUUCUCGAACCAGGUGUCAGACUGGUGGAAGAGGAGGACGGGGAACUGGAGGAAGACAUGGAUUCGCAGAGUGAUGACAGCUCGGAGGAUGAGGAUGAUGGAGAGGAGGUGUAGGGGCUAAUAUGAAUAUAUAGCCAGUUUUUUUGUUUUUUUUAGGUUGCUCAUACUGUUUUGUUUAAUUUCUGUUUAGCUUUUAGACAUUUUCAUCUUUGAUUUUACUUGCCUAACGCCUUAUUUCCAUCUGGGACGUACUCGCGCGGAACGGCUGUGAACCCUGCCCUGCGUCCAUUUCCACCGGGAUGGUAACGGCAGCGUAGCGCUGCCUUGCAAGUAUUCACGCGAGAUGACGUGAUAAUCCUCGUUAUGCAUUGUCCUUAAUGUUGUAUGUUUACUCAUGUGUUGUUCCAUGAAUCAGAAUAAAUGCUUUUUUCCGAAGUUCUUGAAGCUCUUGUA